CGCUGUAACUAAAUUUGCUUACGCGGGCGCCUCUACUAGCGCGCUAUUCAAAUCUACGCGUGAACACAAUGUCAGAGCAAGCGCAUUAAGAAAGCGCAAACAACGUGGCAAGGCGCAUUCAAAAAGAAGCGCUGAAGUUACUCCAGAAGGAGCAAUAAUAUGCAGCGACGAAAAUACCCCUUUGUCGACACGUAGACAACGCUUUUUCAUGGACAACUGUGAUGAAAGCGUCAUUACCAGUGCCUCAAAGCCGACCGAAAUGGACAAGUUACGAGCAGAAGUGACGUUACUUAAGGCAGAACCCAGUCAGCACAGAUAUUCCCUGAAUGUACACAGGAUAUCCGUAAGAUUCAAAGUACAUCUAUUGAAUCUUGUGGACAUACAUAGGAUGUUCAGAAACGUAUAUACGUAAAUGAGAUGUCCAUAAUAUAUCUUAUGUACACACAAAUAUGGAUAUAAGUAGAAGCUCCAAAAAUUUAUAUAUGUAGAAUAUACUAAAAUGGAUAUACGUAUAAUGAAUAUCCAUAGUACAUACAAUAUACAUACGCAUUUGAUAUGUACAGUACUUGCAGAAACAUAUAUGCAUAGAAUAUACUCAAUCGGAUAUGCAGAUAGCGGAUAUUCGUAGUAUGUCUUAUGUACAUGCACAUCACGAGACACGGU